GCCAGUCACCCGAACAGGUUAGUAAGCCAGAGACGGGGCAGGGAACGUUAAGGAGGUAUCCUUGCUCAGAUCCAGCCGCAACAAUCUCAACUUAAAUCUGCCAGCCGAAGGCGGUGAAAUGUGGAGAGACCUGGAGAAUGCAAAGUUGACUCCUGAAGGUUGACACUGCAUCUUGCCUUCUCUGAUAUUAGCACCCUGUCGUCCAAUGGCUCGAACUCGCGCUUCAGAUGCAGUUGAUGGCGCCCUUAAAACUACCAAAAACCCGAUUACUGGCGACCAGAAGACAGACCUAACUCGAUGGCGCCUUCUCGACGAAAGAGGCCGACAAACGUGGCAUUAUUUGAAAACUGACGAAGAAGUAAAGAAUUGGCCUCAGAGCGUCGCGGAUAAAUGGUUCCUGGGUCUCGAUACUGAACAACCAAACCUACCUCCGGCGACGACCACCAGACAAGCCGCCGAAAAUGGUCUCACAUUCUUCAAACAGCUUCAGCUGCCACCUGGCAACUGGGGUUGCGAAUAUGGCGGACCGAUGUUCCUCCUACCGGGUUUAGUCAUUGCUUGCUAUGUCACAAAUACGCCAAUCCCCGAAGAGCAAAUAAUUGAAAUGAAAAACUACAUUUUUGCUCGGCAAGCAAAGGACGGCGGCUGGGGCUUACACAUUGAGGGCGAAAGCAGUGUGUUCGGUGUUUCAAUGAACUACAUUGCACUCAGGCUUUUAGGUGCCCCGGCAGAUGAUCCUCGUCUGGUGAAGGCACGGAAUCUGCUUCACAGCUACGGCGGUUCCGUCAAUGGCCCUCAUUGGCUCAAAUUCUGGAUGGCUGUUCUAGGAAUCGUGCCGUGGACCAUCGUGAAUCCUGUCCCAGCUGAAUUAUGGCUACUUCCAGACUGGACUCCAAUUUCUCCAUGGCGAUGGUGGAUUCAUAUGCGCAUGGUCUUUCUCGGCAUGUGCUUUAUUGCCUCUAAACAAUGGUCAUAUCCACCAACCGAACUCACGCUGGCUCUUCGCGAAGAACUUUUCGUUGAACCGUAUGAAAAAAUCAAUUUCGCGGCUCACAGAAACAGCAUACACCCACGUGACAAUUACCACCCUAAGACCUGGGUUCUAAAUACCAUCAAUUGGGUGUUCGUGAAUGUUUGGAACCCGUACCUGCGCUCAAACAGGCUUAAGGAGGCGGCAGAGGACUUCUGCUGGAAAUUGAUUCAAAUUGAGGACCAAAACACGGACUAUUCCAACUUAGCCCCAGUCAAUGCCCCAAUGCAAAUGCUUGCUUGCUAUAUCAAAGAGGGGCCUGAUGCUUAUUCUGUCAAGCGACACAUCGAGCGUUUAGAAGACUUUAAAUGGAUGAAAGGAGAGGGUAUGCUUGUGAACGGAACCAACGGAGUACAGAAUUGGGAUACGGCUUUCACAAUACAAGCUACCAUAGAGGCAGGCUUUGCACAAGACGAGCGUUUCCGUCCAAUGCUCAUCAAAGCAUUGGAGUACCUCGCAGACAUGCAGACGCUAGAGGAUCCCCAGGGCAUUUCUGAUAUCGGUACAAACUGGAGAAAUGGCUACCGCCACCCAACGAAAGGCGCAUGGGGUUUCAGUAACCGUGAUCAAGGUUACUCUGUUUGUGACUGUACUUCCGAAGCACUCAAAGCUGUUGUCAUGUUGCAGGCCAUCCCGUCCAUCCCCAAACUCGUCUCAGACGAGCGAUUGCAACUCGCUGUCGACAACAUUCUCACCUAUCAGAAUCCAGACACUGGUGGAUGCUCUUCGUACGAACUGCGCCGAGGCUCGGAGCUCUUGGAAUGGCUCAACGCUGCAGAAGUGUUUGGCCGCGUAAUGGUCGAAUACGACUAUCCAGAGUGUACGACCGCCUGCGUCAUUGCUCUUACGACUUACCGUAAGUACUAUCCAAAUUACAGAAGCGCCGACAUUCAAAAAUUCAUCGACGGCUGCGUGAAAUAUAUCCGCAAGGCGCAACGGGCAGAUGGUUCGUGGUAUGGCGCGUGGGGUGUGUGCUUCACGUACGCAGGUAUGUUCGCCCUGGAGUCGCUAGCUUCUGUCGGGGAAACCUACGAGAACAGCGAGCGUGUCCGACGUGCUUGCAAAUUCUUCAUCGACCGUCAGAUGGAGGAUGGCGGGUGGGGUGAAACGUAUAAGAGCUGCGAAACUGGUGUGUGGUCGCAGCAUGAGAAGACCCAAGUUGUUCAGACGGCGUGGGUCAUCAUUGCUCUGCUGCACGCGGAUUAUCCCGACGUUGAGCCGAUCAAGAAGGCUGUGAAGCUGUUGAUGGAAAGACAGCAGGCGAAUGGCGAGUGGUUGCAGGAGGCUAUUGAAGGUGUGUUUAACAAGAGCUGUAUGAUCUCAUAUCCGAACUACAAGUUUGAAUUUCCUAUCAAGGCACUAGGCAUGUUCACGAAGAAGUACGGAGAUAUGAAAAUAUUGUAAUGGCUUGAAGUUUGGUUUAGUUUCUAGGGCUGAAAAGCAAGAGGUCAACAAUCGUAAUUACAUUAUUUGUCAGAUGACUCUACGACCAGUUCACUUCAAAAGGCCGUAAUGCAUAACAAUUAAGAAGGC